AUGAAGACCUGCAUUAUCCCUGAGGCCUUCCUGGUGUUCACCAGCAGAGCCACCAUCCACAGGAUUUCCCUGGAGACGAACAACAACGAUGUGGCCAUCCCACUCACAGGUGUCAAAGAGGCCUCUGCACUGGACUUUGAUGUGUCCAACAACCACAUCUACUGGACAGAUGUCAGUCUCAAGACUAUCAGCCGAGCCUUCAUGAAUGGGAGCUCAGUGGAACACGUGAUUGAGUUUGGCCUAGACUACCCUGAAGGAAUGGCUGUGGACUGGAUGGGCAAGAACCUUUACUGGGCUGACACAGGGACCAAUAGGAUAGAGGUGGCCCGGCUGGAUGGGCAGUUCCGUCAGGUGCUUGUGUGGAAAGACCUUGACAACCCCAGGUCUCUGGCGCUGGAUCCUACUAAAGGCUACAUCUAUUGGACUGAGUGGGGCGGCAAGCCGAGGAUCGUGCGGGCCUUCAUGGAUGGGACCAAUUGCAUGACGCUGGUAGACAAGGUGGGCCGGGCCAAUGACCUCACUAUUGACUACGCCGACCAGCGACUGUACUGGACUGACCUGGACACCAACAUGAUUGAGUCCUCCAACAUGCUGGGUCAGGAGCGCAUGGUAAUAGCUGACGAUCUGCCGUACCCCUUUGGCCUGACACAGUACAGUGAUUACAUCUACUGGACUGACUGGAACCUGCAUAGCAUUGAGCGGGCCGACAAGACCAGUGGGCAGAACCGCACCCUCAUCCAGGGCCACCUAGACUUCGUCAUGGACAUAUUGGUGUUCCACUCCUCCCGUCAGGACGGCCUCAAUGACUGUGUGCACAGCAAUGGCCAGUGUGGGCAGCUAUGCCUUGCCAUCCCUGGAGGCCACCGCUGUGGCUGUGCUUCACAUUACACGCUGGACCCCAGCAGCCGCAACUGCAGCCCGCCCUCCACCUUCUUGCUGUUCAGCCAGAAAUUUGCCAUCAGCCGGAUGAUCCCUGAUGACCAGCUCAGCCCAGACCUUGUCCUGCCCCUGCAUGGGCUGAGGAAUGUCAAAGCCAUCAACUAUGACCCACUGGACAAGUUCAUCUACUGGGUGGAUGGGCGCCAGAACAUCAAGAGGGCCAAGGAUGACGGUACCCAGCCUUCUACACUGACCUCUCCCAGCCAAAGUUUGAGUCCAGACAGACAGCCACACGAUCUCAGCAUUGACAUCUACAGCCGGACACUAUUCUGGACCUGUGAGGCCACCAACACCAUCAAUGUCCACCGGCUGGAUGGGGAUGCCAUGGGAGUGGUGCUUCGAGGGGACCGUGACAAACCAAGGGCCAUUGCUGUCAAUGCUGAGCGAGGGUACAUGUACUUCACCAACAUGCAGGACCACGCGGCCAAGAUUGAACGGGCCUCCCUGGAUGGCACCGAGCGUGAGGUUCUCUUCACCACCGGCCUCAUCCGUCCCGUGGCCCUCGUGGUGGACAACACUCUGGGAAAGCUCUUCUGGGUGGAUGCAGAUCUAAAGCGUAUCGAAAGCUGUGACUUGUCAGGGGCCAACCGCCUGACCCUGGAAGAUGCCAACAUCGUGCAGCCAGUGGGUCUGACGGUGCUGGGCAGGCACCUCUACUGGAUCGACCGCCAACAGCAGAUGAUUGAACGUGUGGAGAAGACCACUGGGGACAAGCGGACUAGGGUUCAGGGCCGUGUCACCCACCUGACAGGCAUCCAUGCUGUGGAGGAAGUCAGCCUGGAGGAGUUCUCAGCCCAUCCAUGUGCCCGAGACAAUGGUGGCUGCUCCCACAUCUGCAUUGCCAAGGGUGAUGGAACGCCGCGUUGCUCAUGCCCAGUCCACCUCGUGCUCCUGCAGAACCUGCUGACGUGUGGUGAGCCUCCUACCUGCUCCCCUGAUCAGUUUGCGUGUGCCACUGGUGAGAUUGACUGUAUCCCUGGAGCCUGGCGCUGUGAUGGCUUCCCCGAGUGUGCCGACCAGAGCGAUGAAGAAGGCUGUCCAGUGUGCUCUGCCUCCCAGUUCCCCUGCGCCCGAGGCCAGUGUGUGGACCUGCGUCUGCGCUGCGAUGGUGAGGCCGACUGCCAGGAUCGCUCUGAUGAAGCUAACUGUGAUGCUGUCUGUCUGCCCAAUCAGUUCCGGUGCACCAGCGGCCAGUGUGUCCUCAUCAAGCAGCAGUGUGACUCCUUCCCUGACUGUGCUGAUGGAUCUGAUGAGCUCAUGUGUGAAAUCAACAAGCCACCCUCAGAUGACAUCCCAGCCCACAGCAGUGCCAUUGGGCCAGUCAUUGGCAUCAUCCUCUCCCUCUUCGUCAUGGGCGGGGUCUACUUUGUCUGCCAGCGAGUGAUGUGCCAGCGAUACACAGGGGCCAGUGGGCCCUUUCCCCAUGAGUAUGUCAGUGGAACCCCUCACGUGCCUCUCAACUUCAUAGCCCCAGGUGGUUCCCAGCACGGUCCCUUCCCAGGCAUCCCGUGCAGCAAGUCCAUGAUGAGUUCCAUGAGCCUAGUGGGGGGGCGGGGCAGUGCGCCCUUGUAUGACCGGAAUCAUGUUACUGGGGCCUCAUCUAGCAGCUCGUCCAGCACAAAGGCCACACUAUAUCCACCGAUCCUGAACCCACCACCAUCACCGGCCACAGACCCAUCGCUGUACAACAUGGACAUGUUUUACUCUUCAAACAUCCCAGCCACAGCCAGACCAUACAGGCCCUACAUCAUCCGAGGCAUGGCACCCCCAACAACACCUUGCAGCACAGACGUGUGUGACAGUGACUACAGCACCAGUCGCUGGAAGACCAGCAAAUAUUACCUGGACUUGAAUUCAGACUCAGACCCCUACCCACCCCCACCCACACCCCACAGCCAGUACCUGUCUGCAGAAGACAGCUGCCCGCCGUCGCCUGUCACUGAAAGAAGCUACUGCCACCUCUUCCCGCCCCCUCCGUCCCCCUGCACGGACUCAUCCUGA